AUGAAAGUUAUUUUGAAAAAGAGGAACGGGAAAUUUAUAGACUGCUUUGACUUAAGCCCAUCAACCACCAUUGACCAGUUCAAGGAAAUAUAUUAUAAGAAGUAUCAUUACUACCCCGAGAGGCAGAAGUGGAAUUUAGACAGUGCGGCAGGGAAAACUCUAAAAAGUGGAACAUUCAAUGAAAAUGGAAUAAAAGAUAGUGACAUAUUGAUAUUUAAGGAUCUUGGUGUACAGAUAUCAUGGCGACUAGUUUACGUGAUAGAAUAUCUGGGGCCAAUUUUUAUAUUUCCUUUUUUUUAUUUUUGUGACAAAUAUAUUUAUCCCCAAGCGAAUAAAAAUAAAAACAUUAUUCAAAUCUUAUCCCUAUGGUUUUUGUUAUUCCAUUUUUUGAAAAGAGAAUUUGAAUCUAUGUUUGUGCAUCGAUUUAGCAAUGCCACUAUGCCAAUAACUAGGGUUCCUAUAAAUUGUGGCCACUACUGGGUAUUAUGUGGCGUAAAUAUUGGCUAUUACCUCUUUCACCCCUUGUAUAAGCCACACUGUAUAGAAACAAAACCAGCCAUAGUCUAUUCUAUUUUUAUUGUCUUAUUAAUUUUGGAAUUUCUAAAUUUAAAGUGCCACUUGAUAUUAAGAAAUUUAAGACCAAGAGGUACCAAAAACAGAGGAAUACCACACGGAUAUGGCUUCAGUUACAUUUCAUGUGCAAAUUAUUUUUAUGAAUCGUUAAUAUGGAUCAUAUUUGCACUAAUAAUAAAUACAUUAACCGGCUAUCUUUUCAGCAUAGUUGCUACAACGCAGAUGGCAAUUUGGGCAUUAAAAAAACAUAAUAAUUACAAGAGAGAAUUUCCUAAUUAUCCCAAAAACAGAAAAGCAAUAUUUCCCUUCAUCUUAUGA